AUGCCAUGCCAACCCUUGGCAAACUCCUACUUCUACGAAAAGGCAAUGUGCAUACUUGCAUGGAAACUCUUUCUUCCUGAGGAAGAGUUGAGCCUUGACCACCCAGCUGCCAAUCCACCUAUCCCAGAUAAGGGCCCACCUCUGAAGCUCAUGCCCCCAACACUGACAGUUGCAGCAGAACAUGACUGGAUGAGAGACCGGGCUUUUGCUUACUCAGAGGCGCUUCGGAAGGUAAAUGUUGAUGCGCCUGUUCUUGAAUACAAGGAUGCAGUUCACGAAUUUGCAAACCUUGACAUGCUUCUAAAGACCCCUCAGGCUCAGGCCUGCGCCGAGGACAUUGCCAUCUGGGUAAAAAAGUACUUCUCAUUUCGAGGUCAGGAGUUCUCUUACUAA